GGCAGCACGUCAGUAAAUGCGUUUGAUUUGGUGGCAUUUUUUAACGAAACUUUGAGGCGAUUUACAAAUGGUUUGCGCUCCAGACUCGCCAGAAUCCGUUCGAAUGCGCUUAUUUGCGUUAUUUUCUCCACGAGACUCGCACAAUUAACGGUUCCGACCCGACAGAACCUCAAAAAUCCGAGCAGUGACGCCAUUUUCAUAAAUCUGUCAAACCUAACCAAGGUCCGUCUGUCAAAUAAUUAAUUUAGAAGUAAACAAUAAUAUUUGCGAAAAUUUUUCACGAUUGGGCGAAUUCCGGGAAUCGGGAUGAGUUUCCGGGAGUUCGGCGGUGCCUGCGGUGCGCGAAUGUGUGUCACAAGUUUUUAGGUCAAAACUAGGCAAUAUGGGCAAAUUAUGGCGAACUCCCAGUACCAUCAUGUAAGGAGGUUUAUGGGAUAGCUUGGGACGAUGCACCGAGCGAAAAAACCAACAAUAACCGAUCUGAACCAGCAUCUAACCUGUAAACUGUGCAAAGGUUAUUUCAUCGAUGCUACCACCAUCAUCGAGUGUUUACAUUCAUUUUGCAGAAGCUGCAUCGUUAAGUAUCUCGAGACGAACAAAUAUUGCCCAGUGUGCGAUGUGCAAGUACAUAAGACCAAACCGUUACUUAACAUCCGUACGGACAAAACUCUACAAGAUAUCGUCUACAAAUUGGUUCCAAGACUGUUCCAAAAUGAAGUCCAGAGGCGGCGCGACUUCUACCUGUCUCACCCCGAGGCGAAGCCCAACCUAGACCAAAUAGGCGAAAACUACCAACACAUCAUCACUCCAGACGAGUCAGUCUCCUUGACAAUGUGCUAUUACGGGUGUAAAGAAUCGGCACGUUAUCUCCGCUGCCCCGCCGCCGUCUCGGUCGGGCACUUGCAAAAACUGAUCCGGGCCAAGUACGGUUUGUUUGAUAAUCAUCAUGUAGAUAUUUUGUACAAUCAAGAUUGCCUUAACUCCACGUUGACGUUAAUGGACGUGGCAUAUAUUUAUUCGUGGAAGAGGAAAGCGCCGAUCGAGCUCAGCUACCGCAUCUACGAGUACACCUCGAAGAAGCCGAAACUCGAGGCGAAGAAGCAGGACGAGGAGGAGAUCGUCCAAACGAACAACAACAACUGGAAGGAGGUGCAGUUGCGAAUAAGCGAGAACGGCGAAAUGUCCAUCAUCCAGGACGAAGCCCUCGAACUUGUAAAUAAUAACAAUUACAAACCGGAAAUCGUUACGGUUGUCGAUAAUAAAGUGACCAAAAAAGAGUUACCCGAACUUAAGUUUAUCGGUAAGUGUACGUUGCCCGAGAGUGCUACGACCACGUGCGUUACGUUAUCGUCGAACACGAACACGACGACGGUUUUCAGUACUAUCAAUUCGACAAAAUGCAGUGUCUCGAGUGACAGUGACAAGAAGCCCGAGGCGCAGCCGAGGCAGGACGACCCCAAGCCGGAGCCGUGCGUCGAGAAGGAGAAAGACAAGGGGGUGAAGCGGAAGAGCGAGACGCCGCCGCAGCCGCCCCCGAAGCCGCCCAAGCAGACCAUCCUCAACCACUCCAUCGGCUUGCACAACCUCUCGAACAACCACCCGCUGAAGAAGCACUCGCAGCUCAACAAGACCGAGGCGGCGGAGAAGCCCGACGAGGUCGUCUUCUCCAAGCCGAACAUAAUCAACAAGAGUCUGACCACGGUGAAUUCUAGCAGACCUGGAACGCCUAAACCUGUCACGAAGCCUUGCUAUAUGCCUAAACCGGUCAUCAGCGUCCCGAAGCCUAGCACGAGUAUCGUGAGUAACGCGGGCGCGAAGAACGAGAAGGCGCAAGCGACUUGUCCGAGUGCGACGAAGGCGGAGACGAAGGUCACGCCCACUGCGGCUCCUGCGCCUGCGCAGGCGCUUCCGCAGGUGUCGCAACAGCCGACCAAAAUGAUCAAGACCAAGCCGAGUACGCCGAUUGGGUACAAGACGCUGAGGGACCCGCCCAAGAGCUGGAACUCGCAGAUCGCGAAAGCUAACAUUAAUAAGCCGAUUAGCGAUCCGAAGUAUGGCGAUUUGAAGAACGUGAGGCCGGCGAAGUUCUUCAAGAUGAGGAAUAAUCUUCCGAGGUACUUAGGCAACCCCGCCUCCGGCGUCAAACCCAUGUACCAAGUCCACGUCAGCCCGGAAAAAGAGAAAGAAAAACCCCCGGAGCCGCCCCCCAAGGGCGAAAUCAAGAAGCACUCCAUCGUGAAGAUCGACCCGAAGACCCUCAAACCCAUAUCGGAGAAGGCCCCCGAGACCACGUCGCUGAGCAACUCCAGCGACCUGAAGAUCAACACGAGCUCGGUGUCGAUCUUCAACCCACUCAAACUGCAGAACUCGCCGAAGGGCGAGCGCAAAUCGCCGAAGAGUCCGCACUCGCCGAAGACGACGUCGACGAAGGUGCCGUCGUCGCCGCCGACGAAACGGGACAAGCUCAACUUGAACUUCACGCCGUCGAACCCGUUCAUCCCGAACCUGGCGUCGCCCACCGUCAGCCCGAACCAGUUCUUGUAUCCCACGGGGCCCCCGGGCUUUCCUCCGUACGACCCGAGGGUAAUGGCGGCGUACCACAAUCUGUUCUACGGGCAGAGGUUACCGUUUCCGCCGCCGGGCUUGAGUAUGGAGUUGAACCAGAGGAAGAAUUUCGACCUGGCGGGUCCGACGAGUCCGAAAUUGGGGGGCAUGCCGCAGCCGCAUAGUCCACAGCCCCCCCUCAAACUACCAACUUCGGAUCCGCUGGGUAUUCAGACCUCUUCUCGGACGUUAGGCAGCAGUACCACAACGACCAACUCCUCCAGUUUCAAACCUCAACCGGCACCUAAGAAGAGCAGCAAAGAGUCGACGGGCAAGAACGAGAAGAGCCUUCAGAACGCCGUCGAGAAACUAACGCAAAACAGGGUAAAAGAAAUCAAAAACGAGGCAGCUGUCAAUAAAUCAGCGUCCGAAACGAAACAAGAAGAGAAACCGAAGGCGGCACCGACGCCGCCCCCGCCGCCGAAGGAAUCCACGACCGCGAAAGAGAAAGAGAAGCAAAAAGAACCGAGCAAGGCGGAAAGUAAGAGUGACGACAAUCAAACCAGCAAGAAGAAGGAGGAGAGCGAGAGCGCGAAGGAGAAGGAGAAAGAGAAGAGUAACUCGAAUACGAACGGGGAAGUGGCGAAGAGCGAGGAAAAGGCGGCGAGCCAGGAGGCGGAGGAGAAGAAGAAGAAGGAAGAGAAGAAGUGAAUGGUGCAAUCUUCGAGUCGGAAAGUGCCUAAUUUUUUCGUUUAUCGGCUGAUAGGUGCCUUUUGCUGAUUCACACCGUAGAUUAAAAGAAACACCAAUAGGAAAAAUCUCCUGUCUCUUUUUAAGGAUAAUACUCUGCUUUAUACAUAGUUUAGUAGAAGUGGUUUUUUUCUUGAUUAUUAUUACUUUAAGAGUGUUUGUAAACGGGUCGGUGUCGGAAUGUUGUUCAUAUUUUGUAGUCGUUCAAUUCUGGGUGGGGGGUGAGGGAGGCAAAAUUCGUUGAUUUUCGAUUGCGGGUUUUGAGUUUGGAAAUUUUCUGUUUAAAGAGUCAAACUUUCGACGGCUGUGAUUUUAUUCCACUUGUUAUUUCGUCGAGUUUUCAGUUUUCAUUUAUACAAAAUAUGGACUUUUGUGGCGCAUACAGCUUGUUUAUAAAUACCUGUUUUGGAUUUUUAUAUAAAUAUUAAUAUAGUUUAAGACAUUUUUAAUAUUUCAGUUAUGAAGAUGAAGAUUUUAUUGUACAUUGUAAAUAUCAGAGCACAGAUGAUUUAAUAAAAAUAUUUAUAGUUUUAUAAA